AGGCGCGGGAGCGCGCGGGUCCGGGCCGCCCAGGCCGCCCCAGCCCAGCUCCGCGCGCGCACCAUGGCGGGCCCCGCGCCCGGGCGGCGGCUGCGGCUGCGGCCGCUGGCAGCGCUGGCCCUGCUCCUGGCGCUGGCUCCGGGGCUGCCCGCAGCCCAGGCCGGGCAGGCGCCGCGCCCCGCCGAGCGGGGGCCCCCGGUGCGGCUCUUCACGGAGGAGGAGCUGGCCCGCUACGGCGGGGAGGAGGAAGAUCAGCCCAUCUACAUGGCAGUGAAAGGAGUGGUGUUUGAUGUCACUUCUGGAAAGGAGUUUUAUGGACGAGGAGCCCCCUACAAUGCCUUGACCGGGAAGGACUCCACCAGAGGGGUGGCCAAGAUGUCCCUCGAUCCUGCAGACCUCACCCAUGACACUGUGAGCCAGACCGGCCUCACUGCCGAGGAGCUGAAGUCCCUGGACGACGUCUUCACCACGGUGUACAAAGCCAAAUACCCCAUCGUCGGCUACACGGCCCGGAGGAUACUCAACGAGGACGGCAGCCCCAACCUGGACUUCAAGCCCGAAGACCAGCCCCAUUUUGACAUAAAAGACGAGUUUUGACGCUCCAUCUGCGGGAGCGCCUUCUUGAUGGGGCGGGGUGGGGGCGGGGCACGGAGAGCCCUUCAGGUGCCAAAUCUCCUGCAAGAUAGGCUGCCUGAGCCUCUGGUCCCCGGACCUGAAUAAAGCCGACGUUGAACCCGGAACGCCGGAUGCUUGUUACUGUUCUCCGUCAAGUGUUCUGUCCACGUGCCAUCCUGCUCGCACACCAGCCAGGAUGGGAAGAACGGCCGAAGGGGGCGCCCUCUCGGCGUCCGUGUUGGCUGUCUGGGCAGUGGAGUCACGGGUGACUUAUUUCUUCUCUAUCUGUGUAUUUUCCUGUGCUUGCCACGUUUCCUGGCAUGACCACGUGUGCUUUAGAAUAAGCACAAAAAUAAACUUCGUGUUUUCACAA